AUGCUGAACCUGAACCAGCUUUUCUCCCAGCUGAAGGAGACAAAGAUUAAAAGCGAUCAAGACCAGGAUCACUGCAGCGGAAGGAUUCUGCAUCAAGGUGGUUACACAAAAGAGGAACAACUGGAGUUCAGGGCAGUCAUCUAUGGAAACAUCCUGCAGUCUACUCUGGCUAUCAUCAGAGGCAUGGAGAUGCUGACCAUUGAUUUUGGCUCUCCCUCUGCACAGGAGGAUGCACAGAAGCUGCAGAACUUGUCCGACUCCAUUGAAGAGGGCACAAUGCCUCCUGAGCUGGGUGAUGUCAUCCAGAAACUGUGGAAAGACACUGGUGUGCAGGCCGCCUACGAUCGCGCUGCUGAGUUCCAGCUGAACGACUCCGCUGGCUACUACCUCAAUGAAAUGGAUAGAAUCGCCAAACCAGACUACCUCCCCUCUGAGCAGGACGUUCUGCGAUCUCGAGUCAAAACCACUGGUAUCAUUGAAGAACAGUUCGCCUGCAAAGAGCUGUACUUCAGGAUGUUCGAUGUGGGUGGCCAGAGGUCAGAGAGGAAGAAGUGGAUCCAUUGUUUCGAGGGUGUGACCUGCAUCAUCUUCUGCGGAGCUCUCAGUGCAUACGACAUGGUGCUGGUAGAGGACGACGAAGUGAACCGCAUGCACGAGUCCCUCCAUCUAUUCAACAGUAUCUGCAACCACAGAUUCUUUGCACUGACCUCCAUCGUGCUUUUCCUUAACAAGAAGGAUCUCUUUGAGGAGAAGAUCAAGAAAGUCCACCUGAGCAUCUGCUUCCCAGACUAUGAUGGUUGCAACUCGUACGACGACGCCGCCAACUACAUCAAGUUGCAGUUCAUGGAACUGAACAUGAAGAAGGGAGUGAAGGAAAUCUACUCCCACUUGACCUGUGCCACAGACACAAGGAACGUGCAGAUUGUGUUCAACGCUGUGACAGACAUCAUCAUCAAAGAAAACCUUAAAGAUUGCGGUCUCUUCUAAGCAGCUCCAGAGUGAAAAGAGAACUUCCUUUCCUACCUUAUCCCGUCACUUAUUGGCUUUAACUGAGUUGUAUACUGCUGGAGAGCAGAGGGUCCUCAGUUGAUCGUCUUCAGGUCAUCACUCCCAUGCCAAGUCCCGCUUCUUGACUGAUCCUCGCAUAUCACCACCUCCAGCAGUACAUCCCUGAAACACAAUGCACGCCCAACUAUCGAGUCACCAUAUUGUUGUUGUUGUCAAACCGCUUUCUACAAGAUUUUCUUAAGUACAGUAUUUGUCACGCACCAGAAGCUGCUGGUUUGAAGGGAUGAAGAUGAAAUAGUUGCUCAUUUGGUUGUUGCUUUCCUUUGACU